CAACUCUCCAAGGAACACUCCCAGUCUGACGGCAGCUCAGAGAACAAGAUUGAAGCAAUGGAAGAACUUUAUGUGGCAAACACCAUCUUUGCCCUCAAUUUCUUCAAGCAUCUAGCAAAAGUGAAUGCCACCCAGAAUGUCUUCUUCUCUCCUUGGAGCAUCUCCUCCACCAUGGCCAUGGUCUACCUGGGUUCCAGGGGCAACACUGAAGACCAGAUGGCCAAGGUACUUCAGUUUGACAAAGUUGGAGACUACAGCGUCGCCCCAGGGGCCUGGCAGAAUCUCACUGGUUGUAACUCCAUGCAGCAGACACAGAAGGGAAAUUAUCCUGAUGCUAUUUUGCAGGCACAGGUGAGGGACAAAGUCCACUCCUCCUUCCACUCCCUCAGCUCGGCCAUCAACGCAACCACGGGGGAUUACUUAUUGGAAAGUGUCAGUAAGCUGUUUGGCGAGAAGUCUGCGAGAUUCAAGGAAGAAUACUUGCAAUUCUGUAAGAAAUAUUACUCAAUGGAACCCCAGGCAGUAGACUUCCUGGAAUGUGCAGAAGAAUCCAGAAAAAAGAUUAAUUCCUGGGUCAAGACUCAGACCAAAGGCAGAAUCCCAAACCUGUUACCUGAAGGUUCUGUAGAUGUGGAGACCAGGAUGGUUCUGGUGAAUGCAGUCUACUUCAAAGGAAAGUGGAAAACUCCAUUCGAGAAGAAACUAAAUGGGCUUUAUCCUUUCCGUGUGAACUCGACUCAGCAUGUACCUGUACAGAUGAUGUACCUGCACGAGAAGCUGAAUAUUGGGUACAUAGCGGACUUGAAGGCUCAGAUUCUAGAACUCCCAUAUGCUGGGGAUGUCAGCAUGUUCCUGUUGCUCCCAGAUGAAGUUGCCAAUGUGUCCACUGGCCUAGAGUUGCUGGAAAGUGAGCUAACCUAUGACACACUCAGCAAGUGGACUGGCAAGGACACCAUGGCUGCAGACGACGUUGAGGUCUACAUGCCCCAGUUCAAACUGGAAGAGCGCUACAGGCUCAAAUCCAUUCUGAGGAGCAUGGGCCUGGAGGAUGCCUUCAACAAGCACCGGGCCAAUUUCUCAGGAAUGUCAGAGGGGAAUGACCUCUACCUUUCUGAGGUGUUCCAUCAAGCCACGGUGGAUGUCAACGAGGAGGGCACGGAAGCAGCAGCUGGCACUGGGGCCAUUAUGACAGGGAGGACUGGUCAUGGUGGCCCACAGUUUGUAGCAGACCAUCCUUUCCUUUUCUUUAUCAUGCACAAAAUAACCAAGAGCAUCCUAUUUUUUGGCAGGUUCUCCUCACCUUAAAAUUGAAAAAUUCUGCUUUGACACAGGAUUUUGUGGCAUGAGCUAUCGGUUUCAGAAUUGCUACAUCAAAUGCCAAAAGUUUAGAGACUUUUUCUUAAUAUUUCUAUUCUUCUGAACAACUUCCGCAACACGCUAAAUACAAACUCAGAAAUCAUUACAUGACUGUCAGUCAUAACAUUACAAUUCUCUUCAUCAUUUGAUCUCCUAAAAUGAGAUGAUACACAUUAAGUUCUUCCCUGUUGUUAGUUUAUAUCACAGAGGUAGCUUUUUCUGUUAUUUAUUAUUUUAUAUAAUAGUGGUUUUUAAAUUAUUGUCCACUGUCUAUUUAAUGUAACUGAUAAAGUUACAGAAGCAAGUGGUCAUCUAUCUAAAGAAAUGCACUCACUUGUUUUUAUAAUGAAGGAUGAGUAUGUGUUCUACCAUGCUCUUCCAUAGAAAUAUCUGGAAGAAAUCAUUGAACAAAAGGCAGAUGUAUGUUAUGCACAUUUCUAGCAUUAUGUAUCACACAUGUGCAUGUGCAGCUCAUGUAAAAAUACAAACACGCAAUAAAUAAACAUGUUUAUG